CUCACUGACACCAGGGUAAAUUUUGGGAUAGGAUUUAGGAGAGUUCUCAUUUGUCAAAAAGGAUUAUCAAAGAAGUCUUCGAAUUGGAUUCUUGGGAGUGUUUCACAAUGGGUCGCAGUGGAGUUGGAGCUAAACUUCACUGGACAGUUUGUUUUACUUGGUGAGACGCCAGCGAUGGAGCGAGGACAGCGGCGAGGCGCCGGGACACUCUACGCACCAUACGGACAUUAUUACCGGGAAGUUAGCUCCUCCGUCAGGAUGUGUGUGUGAGGGCUGACAGACUGGGUCCAGCCAUGGAAUCAGAGCAGAACUGCAGCUCUUACUGUGACUCCAGACUCUGCCUCAUCCACCCUGGAGUCAAUACACAAAAGGGCCUGGAGGUACUGCAGAGACUAUGUACCCUCAGCACGAUGGAAGGGGAGCCGCAGAGGCGGUCUCUCUCCCCAGUGCUCUGUGCAGUUGUCUGGACCAUGCUCUCCUGUGGCAUUUUGCUGGCUUUCUGCUUCCUGCUCUUCACCCUGCGCUUCAAGAACAACAGGAUAGUGAAGAUGUCCAGUCCUAACCUUAAUGUGUUGACUCUGUGUGGAAGUAUCCUCACCUAUAGCAGUGGCUUCCUAUUUGCUUUUGAGGAACGCACCCACCUACAAGGGGGAGGAGCCAGAGCAAUACUCCAGGCCAGGAUCUGGACAUUGUGUAUUGGCAGCACUCUGGUAUUUGUGCCCAUCCUGGGGAAAACAUGGCGGCUCUACAGGGUAUUCACCCAACGUGUUCCUGACAAGAGAGUGAUCAUCAGAGACAUCCAGUUGAUGGGCUUGGUAUCUCUAUUGAUUCUGCUGGACCUGCUGGUUUUGACAGCCUGGAGUCUAACCGACCCGGUCAAAUGUGCUCGGUCCAUUGGGGCUGUGGUCAAAGUGGUGGAGAGGGACAUGUCCUACUCUCUGUCUCAGCUGUACUCCUGCUCCUCUCUCUACUCAGACCUGUGGCAUAUCCUCCUCGCCAUGAUGAAGGGUGGCCUGCUCCUAUAUGGGACCUACCUGGCUGGUCUCACCAGCAACGUCAGCCUCCCUCCGGUCAACCAGUCCCCCACCAUCAUGACCGCGGUCAGCCUGGUCACCCUGUCCACGGCAGUGGGGGUCCCGGUGUCGCGGUUCCUGCAGGCCUGGCCCAAUGUGGUCUACAGUAUGGUGGCUGGGGCCAUCUUCAUCUGUACCCUCGCCACCAACUGUAUGCUGUUUGUACCUCAGUUGACCCAGUGGCGUCGGUUUGAGGAGGAGCACAACAACCCUAGUCAGAUGGAGAAGUACUUUAGUAGCCCCAGUAAGAGUGUCCAGUCUGUCUACAGCCAGGAUGAGAUCUACUACCUCCUGGGGGAGAACGACUCCAUGAAGAGGCUCCUCAAUGAGAAGAAUUCUGUGAUUGACAGUCUGCAGGAGCAGGUGAACAAUGCCAAAGACAAGCUACUGUGCCUCAUGUCCAGUAGCCACCCCCACGAGGACCAGGAAAUUGACUCUUCCACCACCAACCUCCACUCCUCAUUCAACCAGACCAUAGUUGUGCAGUCCGACUGCCUUCCAACUCCCCUGCCACACAGGGACAUAGCAGAACCUCCCCUCUCUUCUCCUACCUUUUCUGUACCUCCUAUGUCUGCUCCUCUCACUACUUCUGCUGUCUAUACACCUUCUUCUGAUUCUCCCUCUACUCCUCCACCUGCCCUCUAUCCUCCCCCAGGGGAUGGUGUGAAUGUUAAACAGUGGAGUGUAGAAUUUGGUCAAGACAUCCAGGGUGCAGGGAUGGAGACUGAAACAGGGUGGUGUAAGGUUGAGGGGACUGGGUCCCAGCAGCAGUGUGGAGGGGUGAGGUCUAACCUCCCAGUCUCCCCUAAGCCCUCUGUCUUCUCCAGGACAGGAGUCAGGACACCAGGGAAGAGGGCAGGGACAAAAACCACACCCUCCUGUCAGUCAAACUAUGUCACUACUUAUUCCCAUCUCUUUCCGGUGGGAAAGUCAGAACCCUCAGGUUGCCAUGGCCAUCCCGUGUUGCCAAGGGUUACAAGCGUCAGGCCGGCAGGGUUUGUGAGCAGUGAGCAUCUGCAGGAGAUCCUCCAGGAACUGAGUGUGGUCCCUGUCAUGGAAACGGCCCUCCGCCCACCCAAUCACAGCAGGGGGAUCAGGAGACCCACUCUGCCCUCCUCGACCGACCCCUCAGUCCGCUCUCCUCUCUCCCUCCAUGCCCCUCGCACCCAUCAUCCCCCUCUCUUCUUCCGCUACCCCAGUAUCUCCCCCUACGUGAUGAGGAAACGCAGACCUCCAUUCCAUCAACCCAGAGGGGGGCCUCCGCCCUGUUACUACCCAGGGUCAGAGACUCCUCGCUGGGGAAGGAGGAGGGAUGCUGGAUCCUUACAACUAGAUAAGCACCCCUCAAGAACACAACCCCAGCUCGAGCCUGUUGGCACAGAGACCAGUCCCCUCCGCCCUGAAGACAGUGAUUCAGAAGAAUGGGAAGAGGCAGGGCAUAGAGUAACAAAUAGGUGUGGGAGGCAUGGCUCGAGGAGGGAGCACCGGCUACCACCCCCUCGAAAAUGCUCCAUCACCCCCUUCUCAGGACACACCAACCCAGGCCCUUCAAACGGGGAGGGGGGCGGUGAGGGAGGGUUAGACCGAGACCGUGGCAGGGACUCUUAUGGUUACUGGGACUCAGACUCCAGCAGCUCGGCUGACUACUGCUACUACCACCGACCCUACUGCGAUGCCUGCCUGCCACACGGCUACCACCCCUCCAGCGACAGCUCCUCCUCAUACUCCUCGGACAGUGAGUACGGUGGCGUCGCUGGCCUCUGCCGCUCCACACACCCUGUGGUCAACUUCAAGGAAGACCUCAAUCCCACCUUCGUAUGAGCCUGUUUGGAGCCUCAUUUGAAUGGGUGCUGCGGAAGAAUCAUUCAAGUCAAAUUGUGUUGUAAUUUACUUUCAAUGGCCAGUUCACGGCAGAACAAUUGAGUUUACGCACUGUUGUAAUGCUAUUGAGAAGUAGUAAAUUGAGUGUGACUGAUGUAAAUGCUUUCCUUGUAGGCCUACCCAUCCAACAUGGCUAUUGAGAAGGCACAACAUCUGACUUUGCAUUCAUGGUAAUGUUCUUCCUUAUCUACAUGAGGAGUAUCCUUGCAACACAUUACCUCACAACAAUCACCUUAGAAACUCUUUCAUUUGGUUGCAAGUGUUUUAGAAAUGGGACCAAGUUGGGGUGUGUUGUUCAAUGGAUUGAGAUUGCUGUAUGAUGUCUGGGAUCUGCUUUUAAUUGAUUGACUUUGUCUUUCAUUUAUUGCUCUAACUGCCAAUGUCUCUAGGUUAUGUUAUAGAAAAUGUAUAUUUGUAGCUAAAUAUGAUACAGUAUUUGCAGUAGAUCAUAUAGAUUGUUAGAUGUUACAAAAAAUGACUUUUAUUUAUCUGUUACCACAUACAGUGAACUCCAAAAGUAUUGGGACAGAGACACAUGUUUAGUUCUUUUGGAUAUGUACUCCAGCACUUUUAAAUUGAAAUUAUAUAAUGACUAGGAUGUUAAAGUGGAGAAUGUCAGUUUUAAUUUCAGGGGACUUUCAUCCAUAUUGAGUAAACCAUUUAGAAAUUACAGCAAUUUUUGUCCAUUGGUCCCCUAAAAUAUGGGGACUAAGUUAUAGAGACAUUCCAGGUGAAGCUGGUUGAGAGAAUGCCAAGAGUUUGCAACCCUGUUAUCAAGGCAAAGGGUGGCUGCUUUGAAGAAUCUCAAAUAUAAAAUAUAUUUUGAUUUGUUUAACACUCUUUUUGGUUACUACAUGAUUCCAUAUGUGUUAUGUCAUAGAUUUUAUAUAUUCACUAUUAUUCUACAAUGUAGAAAAUAGUAAAAAUAAAGAAAUACCCUUGAAUUAGUAGGUGUGUUCAAACUUUUGACUGGUACUGUAUGUAUUAAAGUAGUCCAAUGAUUACAGCAAGCUUGUGACUCUACAAACUUUUGCUUUUUGUUUUUCUUGUGUUUCAGAUUAUUUUGUGCCCAAUAGAAAUGAAUGGUAAAUAAUGUAUUGUGUCAUUUUGGAGUCACUUGUAAGUAUGAGUAGAAUGCUUCUAAACACUUCUACAUUCAUGUGGAUGCGACCAUGAUUGUGGAUAGUCCGGAAUAAAUCAUGAAUAAUGAUGAGUGAGAAAGUUACAGACACACACAUAUCAUACCCCCAAGACAUUCUAACCUCUCACCAUUACAAUGACAUGGUAGGGUAGCAUUUUUUGUGGGGUAUGAUAUUCAUGCAACUGUAACAUUCUCAUUCAUCAUUCUUCACGACACAUAAUCUGAAACACAACCAAAAUAAACAGCAAAUGCAUCCACCAAGUUUGUAGAGUCACAACCUUGAUGUAAUCAUUGCAUGCUAGGAAUGUGGGACCAACACUAAACUUUUGAGUACUUUAAUACACAUAAGUGAAUUUGUCCCAGUACAUUUGGUGUCCUUAAAUGGGGGGGACUUUGUACAAAAAGUGCUGUAAUUUCCCAACGGUUCACCCAAUAUGGAUGAAAAUCACUCAUUGUAUAAUUUCAAAUCCAAAGUGCUGGAGUACAGAGCCAAAACAACAACAAAAAUUGUCACGGCCCCAAUACUUUUGGAGCUCAUUGUACAUACCACAGGUGGCCUGUGUCACAUUAAUUGGGGAGUGGUGGACCAUAGUAAUGGCUGGAACAGAAUUCAUGGAAUGGUAUCGAACACAUUAAACACAUGGUUUCCAUGUGUUUGAUACCAGUCCAUUAACUCCAUUCCAGACAUUAUUAUGAGCCAUUCUCCCCUCAGAAGCCUCAUGUCAAUACAUAUGGUAAAUAACAUGUAGGCCCAUUUAACCAUUUUGACUGAGUUGCAAUGACUUUUACGCUUUUGUUUACCUUUUCAAACAUCAAAAUCCCUCAAUGAAGUGCUGUAUGUUGGUAUUUUUAUUGAUUUGACUGUUUGUGUACAUGCGUGCAAGUGCACAAUGUACUGAAUGUAUUGCAUUUUAAUUGGAGGCUCUGCCUCCAAUAACAAUCAAUUGUAAUUCUCCGUGAGCUGAUUGAUUAUCUAUACAGCCUAUUGGCCUGUCCCCUUCACCCAGUAUGCCUGAGGUUUGCUUCUCUUUCCCACAACCGGCUGCCAAUGCUUCUCAUAAGAGGAUGCAACUUCAUUCAUGUUCAGAAUGAAUGAGUUUAUGUAAAUUGGUUAUUUUGCUGGUGUUAAUGAUACAGAAACUGCACAGUAUUUAAAGCUGAUAUGAUGCUACUAUGUGUGCUGUGCCUGUGUGCUACUGUGUGUGCUGUGCCUGUGUGCUACUGUGUGUGCUGUGAUAAAUUUUCUAAACUCAAAGUCUUCUACUAAACACGGAAAAUGACGCCAUAAAACUGUUCCCUGUUGGAUUAAUUGUAACUGAACUAGUUAAUUAGACCAUUAAGAAUACAUGAAUAACAUACUUCAUGUUUCAUAAUUCCCUCAUAGCACCAAACUGAGAUAGACAAAAGAAGAGCAAGA